AUGCACCAACAGCAUCUCGAUUUCCAGGCUACAGAACCCCUACUCAAAGAAGUCAGCCCCGGGCCGAAGGGAAAAUCUACAUAUGGCGCUCAGAGCCAAAAGCUAACGUCGACGGACGACUUUCCAAUGCCCAGCUGGACCAGGGCAAAGGCAAAUAGCCGAGAGAGGAUUUUCCCUCAAACCAUCGCCCAUAGAGGAUACAAAGCAGAGUAUCCGGAGAACACAUUGAGGGCUUUCAAAGCGGCUGUCGAGGUCGGAACUCAUGCCAUUGAGACCGACAUUCACCUUUCCAAAGACCAUGUCGUGGUUCUGUCUCAUGACGGAGAUCUCAAACGGUGCUUCGGGAAAAAGGAAAAGAUCAUAGACUGCAACUGGGAGUAUUUGAGUUCACUUCGUACCCUGAGAGCGCCCCAUGAGCCGAUGCCACGCCUCAGAGAUCUGCUUGAAUAUAUCGCCCAACCAGGUCUGGAACAUAUCUGGUUAUUGCUCGACAUCAAGCUAGACACCAACCAUGACGACCUAAUGCGAUUGAUCGCAGAGACGCUGGCCUCUGUAGACCCAGGAGGAAGGGCCUGGGAGGAGAGGAUUGUUCUAGGAAUAUGGAUCCCUAAAUUUCUGCCUCUGUGCAGGAAAUACUUGUCAGGUUUUCCUAUUUCACACAUUGGGUUCACAACCGGCUACGCCAGACAGUUCCUCAAAGUACCAAACGUCUCCUUCAACAUGUUGCAAAAGGUUCUCCUGGGACCCUCUGGUGCACGCUUUAUGCGAGAUGUUCGCAAAGCUGGCCGACCGCUCUACGUCUGGACAGUUAAUGAAACCAACCUGAUGAAAUGGACAAUUCAACACAAUGUCGAUGGAGUAAUCACCGACGACCCAAAAAAGUUCAAGCGACUAUGCGACGAGUGGAACGAGCGGGAGCCCGAAGCCAAAAUCACUUGGAUGCAGCUUCUCUCCACGCUCUGGCUAUGGGCGUUAAUUCUCAUCUUUGCCGUUCCCUUCAGACGCAAGUUCCCAGAGACGGUAGAGCAAUUCAUACAAAAUAAAGAGCUCAGGGCAAAAGCGGCCUCGACGAUCAGUCGGGUAUGA